CACCUCGCCUGAGUCCCGCCUGGAAAUUGCUGUUUAAAGACCCUAUAAAGCCGGGGCGAGGUAUCAUCUUCCAGUGUACAAGGAGUGUUCACCGGGAUAACACGAAAUAGGUCGUCUGCUGUGCGAAAAGCAGAAAACUUAAGUGCUCUGUAGUUUGAAUAGGCCUACGCUUACUGGCAGCCCGUACACAGCUGUCGGCCUACCAGUGAACACCUUGACAGCCCCCCAGACGACAACCAAUUUGCCGGCAUGCCAGCUUACGCAGAGACCCUGGCCGAGGCCAAGCCUGCCGACCCACAGGUGAUCACACAGCUCGCCAAUGACACGAAGAAGAGUGCCAAGGCUGGUGGGAGAGAAGGGGUGGUGGUGAGUGGAAUGUCUGGCCGCUUCCCGGAGAGCAACAAUGUGCAGGAGUUUGCCGACAACCUCUUCUCUGGUGUCGACAUGGUCACCGAGGACUCCCGCCGCUGGACCCCCGGCGUUCAUGGUCUGCCACUACGCUCUGGCAAGCUUCCCGACCUGGCCCACUUUGACAGUGCUUUCUUCAGUGUAUCGCCAAGACAAGCUCAUGCCAUGGACCCCCAACUGCGUCUCCUGCUCGAGCUAACUUAUGAGGCUAUUCUUGAUGCUGGUGUAAACCCGAGUGAGUUACGUGGGCGUCGUGUGGGUGUGUAUGUUGGUGUGAGCAGCAGUGAGAGUGAGGAGGCAUGGACAGCUGACCCAGCAAAUGUAUCCGGCUAUGCCCUCACUGGCUGUUGUCGGGCCAUGUUCCCCAACAGAUUGUCUUACACAUUUGACUUUAAGGGUCCCAGCUUUGCAAUAGACACAGCUUGCUCAUCAUCAAUGAUAGCACUUCAAACAGCAUGGUCAGCAGUGUCUGAAGGAGAGGUGGAGGCAGCAGUAGUGGGGGGUACCAACCUUACACUCAAACCCCAGAACUCGAUGCAGUUCAAUGCCCUCAAUAUGCUUGCUCCUGAUGGAAAAUGCAAGUCCUUUGAUGCCUCUGGUGAUGGGUAUGUGAGGAGUGAGGCAGCAGUGGUGAUAUUCCUGCAGCGGGCAUCAGAUGCUCGCAGGGUGUAUGCCCAUGUUGUCCAUGCUCGGGCCAACACUGAUGGGAACAAGAGUGAGGGAGUCACUUUUCCUUCAGGCAAAGUACAGAGAGAACUUCUACAAGAGGUUUACAACCAUGCUGGAAUAUCUCCCCUAGAGGUUUCCUACAUUGAAGCCCAUGGAACUGGCACAAAGGCAGGUGAUCCACAGGAAGUGGGUGCUUUAGCCGAGGUGUUCUGCCCUGGUCGCUCAAACCCUCUCCUGAUGGGCUCUGUUAAAUCUAAUAUGGGCCAUUCAGAACCUGCUUCUGGGCUCUGCUCCAUAGUAAAGGUAUUGCUGGCAAUGCAACGGAAAGAGCUACCUGGAAAUCUGCACUUCAGUUCCCCCAAUCCCAACAUACCAUCACUACUGGAUGGGAGUAUAAAGGUUGUAAGCCAGAACACCCCCUGGUCUGGUGGUUAUGCAGCCGUGAACAGCUUUGGUUUUGGUGGUGCCAAUGUGCAUGUUCUCCUGCAUUCCCCAGGAGAUUACCCCAAGCUCACAACUCCAAAUCACUCGCGAGGUAUUCUCAUACCCUCCACACAAAGAAUAAACCCAGCAUCCUCUCCCAAUGGAUUAAUUCCAGAAGAAUGUAGCUUUACUAUGGACACAGCUGAGAAACAUACUAAAGAGGAUUUGGCAGUUGGUUCAUUCUCCGAUGACCAGCCAAGGCUGGUAUUGGCCUCUGGUCGCACUGAAGAGGCAGUGACAACGCUACUAGAAGGAAUCAAAGAAACGGCGACCCCAGCACUCUGUAGUCUCUUCGACAAACUGUGUGAUAUGCCCACCAACAGUCACCCUGCUCGUGGUUAUGUUGCUGUUAACUCUGGGAAAGAAGUUUUGCAGGUGUCCCGUGCUUCGCCCUCUCCGCGGCCCCUCUGGCUGGUCUUCUCCGGCAUGGGCUCACAGUGGAGUGGCUGUGGCCGCUCCCUCCUUCGCCUGCCUAUAUUUGCUGCCUCGGUCAGGAGAUGUCAUGCUGCCCUCCUGCCACUCGGACUUGACCUUGUUCAAAUUCUGACAAGUGAAGACCCUCUUGUAAUGUCCUCAACAGCAGCCAGUUUUUCUGCAAUUGCUGCCAUGCAGGUGGGCCUUCUGGAUCUACUAAGAAAAGUUGGGGUGCAGGAGGUGGCAGGGAUGGUAGGACACAGUGUUGGGGAACUGGGAUGUGCUUAUGCUGAUGGGGCUUUGACAGCAGAGCAAACGGUGCUGGCAGCCUAUUGGCGAGGCAGAGCUGUGCAAGAAGCCACCCUUCCUCCUGGUGCUAUGGCUGCAGUUGGUCUGAGUGCACAAGAGGCAGAGAAGUGGUGCAAAGAUGGUGUGAUUGUAGCUUGUCACAAUGCCCAUGACUCCGUCACGCUCUCUGGUCCACAAGACGCCAUCAAGGAGGUGCUAGAAAAGCUCACCAGUGAUGGAAUAUUCUGUCGUGCAGUAAAGUCUGAAGGUGUUGCCUUCCACCAUCCCUCCCUCAAGUCUGCUGCCCCAUGUCUCUUCAGAGAGCUAAGCAAGAUCAUCCCAUGUGCUCGGCAACGGUCAUCACGGUGGGUUAGUUCGUCAGUGCCAGAGACUCGGUGGGACUGCCCAGAGGUCAACCUUGCCUCUGCUGAUUACCUUGUCAACAAUCUCCUCUCUCCAGUACUGUUUGCCGAGGCACUGGAAAAGGUUCAUGCCAAUUCUGUGGUAGUAGAAGUGUCUCCUCAUGGUCUGCUGCAGGCCAUACUAAGGAGGUCAUUGCCACAAGCUACACCCAUCCCUCUCAUCAGGAAGGAUGCAAAGUGCCCUCUGACACACUUCUUGGAAUCCCUUGGAAAGAUGUACCUAGGUGGUGUGAGCAUUGAUGUAGGAGUCCUUUACCCUCCACUUGCUAUGCCUGUUCCGUCUUCCACUCCGUCCAUUGCCAGCCUUAUCAGGUGGGACCAUUGUCAGGAGUGGGAUGUGGCCCGCUUCAGCACCUCUCCCGCAGGCUCCGAGUACGAGGUGAAGGUGGACUUGGAGUCCGAGGAGCAUCAGUACCUUGAAGGCCACACUAUUGAUGGACGUGUUAUCUUCCCUGCCACAGGCUACCUGGUGUUGGCUUGGCAAGCAUUGUGCCGCCUGAAGGGCACACAGUGGGAGGAGACCCCCGUCACCUUCAGCAAUGUGACACUCCACCAGGCCACUGUCCUCUCCUCCCCUUCUAACAAUGCUGCUGCUCCCACUACCACCACUCUUGUUGUCAGGAUCUUGCUUGUUAAGGGCGAGUUUGAGGUGGUUGUAAGUGAUUCGGUGGCAGCCUCUGGAUGUAUUCACUUGGGAGUAGAACAGUCUGGUGAAAGCAAGUCUUUGGUGGAUUUCCUGACUUCAUCAGCUGAAGGAAAUGGUGAAAUUCUUCAACAGAAGGAUGUAUACCAGGAACUUAGACUUCGAGGGUAUCAUUAUGGGGGAAUCUUCCAGGGCAUUGCACAAACAAAUCUAAAAGGAACGUAUGGGACUCUCAUGUGGAAAGAGAAUUGGGUAUCGUUCCUUGAUACAAUGCUCCAGUUCUCCCUAGUUGGAGCUAAGCAGCGUGCACUGAUGCUUCCCACUAGAAUACGCAAAUUUACUGUCGACCCCAGCAAGCUCCUAUGUAAUGUAAAGGAGGAAGAUGACCUUAAGACAGUGACUGUACAGCACAACUCUCGUAUUGGAGUAACAUCUUGCCAGGGAGUACUUAUUCAAGGGCUGAAGGCCACACUCGCCCCAAGGAGACCUACCCAAGACCGCCCUCUGUUAGAGACGUACCAGUUUGUCCCACUUCAUUUGACUGAAGAAUGUAAGAUUGAAUCUUGUAUUUCAAAGGAAACACACCUAGGGCUGCUUCUGGACAUAACCCUAGAGAACUUGUUAGGUCAUGGGCUGAAGAUUGUAGAGAGCACUGCUUCUGCAGCUUCAAACACCUCCAUCCUAGAUACAGCUGUGGCACUACCACUUGCAGAACUUCUCGCCUUAAAGCCACAGCUUAAGAUUGACUACAUCCUUCACACAGCCGAAAAAUUAUCGGGGGAAGAGCAGGAAAGUCUCCACUCUGCAGGAGUAGUUGUAAAGGCUGACCUUGCCUCAACCCUGUCUCCACCCCCACAUCUUCUUAUCCUCCACCAGUGUCAAGAUUUGGAGAUAGUUGACAAACUGAAUUAUGGCUCAUUUAUCAUGACAAACAAUGAAAGUGUAGAAGAGAUUUUAAAAGGUGCUGGGUGCCAUGAGAUUGCUUCAGCAGAGAAGAUUGGCAUGAAAUUAUUCAGAAAGACCCAGGUGGAGGUUUCACAUGCAACAUUGGAAAUUUGUGGUACUGAUGCUAACUACUCCUGGGUGAAUAUGCUUAAGGAAAAGAUACUGGAUCCUACCAUUGAAAAUUUGUGGCUCGUCUCUUCAGGUGAACCCUCAUCGGGUAUCCUAGGACUUGUAAAUUGCCUCAGGAGGGAACCUGGGGGAGAAAAAAUCCGAUGUGUGUUUGUUCCUGAAGGAAAGGCUAUAUUAGACCCAGAUUUGCUUGCUCGUGACUUGGCCAUCAAUGUUCGUCAAGGCAAGGUUUGGGGAACAUACAGACAUGUACCAUUGAGUCAACUUGCACCUCAGCCGUCCACACAGGCUUUAUUGAAUGUAGCCACUCGUGGCGACUUAGCCUCUCUCACUUGGUUCCAAAUGGCCUCACAAGAAUCAUGCGAGAGAGAUAUGAAGUUGUGUGAAGUCUACUAUGCACCAUUGAACUUCCGUGACGUGAUGCUGGCCACAGGAAAACUGCCACCAGAUGCUUUACCAGGAGAUCUGGCAAUGAAGGAGUGCAUCUUGGGACUAGAAUUUUCUGGUACGAGUGGUGGGAAACGUGUGAUGGGUCUGGUUGCUGCUGGUGGGUUGGCCACUAGUGUGAGGGCUGACACACUACUCACUUGGCCCGUUCCUGCCUCUUGGUCUCUCAAAGACGCUGCUACUGUUCCUGUGGUAUAUGCCACGGCUUACUAUGCAUUGGUGGUACGUGGAGGGCUGCGACAAGGGGAAAGUGUGCUCAUCCAUGCUGGUUCUGGUGGUGUGGGACAGGCAGCCAUUAGUAUUGCCUUAUCCCUAUCUUGCACUGUUUAUACCACCGUUAGUACUACACAAAAGAAGGAAUUCUUGCAGAAAAGAUUUCCUCAGCUGAAAGACGAGAACUUUGCUAAUUCACGAGAUGUGAGCUUCGAGUACGCAGUACUGGAGCGAACUGGAGGCAGUGGGGUGGACGUUGUACUAAACUCUCUGGCCGGGGAGCUACUACAGGCCUCCGUCAGGUGCCUGAGGGAGCAUGGUCGCUUCCUUGAGAUAGGCAAGGCUGAUCUCUCCAACAACACAGCCUUGGGCAUGGCAGUAUUCCUGAAGAAUGUGACUUUCCAUGGUAUCUUGCUGGAUGCUUUAUUUGAAGCCACUCCUGAAGAGCGACAACGCCUCAACCGUCUUGUGAAGGAGGGCUUAAAGAACGGAGUGGUGACGCCCCUUGCAGCCACAUUAUUCACUAGGGACUGCGCUGAAGAUGCAUUCAGAUAUAUGGCAACAGGCAAACACAUUGGUAAAGUUGUGCUGGAGGUGAAGCCUGAGGUGACCAGUAACUCGCCCACCUCACAAAACACUACCUUGGUGUCGGCAGUACCUAGAGUGACUGCUCACGCUCACAUGGUGUAUAUCAUAACGGGUGGGUUGGGUGGACUUGGAUUGGAGCUGGCUGGUUGGCUGGUCAGUCGUGGGGCCAGGAAACUUGUGCUCACUUCUCGACGAGGCAUCAACACUGGAUAUCAGGCACUCUGUAUGCGACGGUGGCUGAACUUGGGUGCAAGUGUGCAGAUAAUGACACAGGAUGCCUCUACCUUUGCUGGGGCUACCACACUCCUGCAAAAGGCUGCUGAAGAGGGACCUAUUGGUGGCAUAUUUCAUCUUGCUAUGGUGCUGCAAGAUUCUCUACUGGAGAACCAGACAACAGAGACCUUCAGCAUCGUAAACACUGUCAAGGGUGAUGGAGCAGUUGCCCUCGAUGCUGCUUCUCGUACCUUCUGCCCAGACUUGCACAUGUGGGUCGCCUUCUCCAGUGUUGCAUGUGGCAGGGGCAAUGCUGGCCAGACAAACUAUGGGUGGGCUAACAGCGUAUGUGAAAGAGUUGUUGAAUCCAGGGUAAGGGCUGGCCUUCCUGGUGUUGCUGUGCAAUGGGGCGGUAUUGGUGAAGUUGGCAUUCUUGCCAACACCCUCGGAAAUGUGGAGGUGGGUGGAACAAAACCACAAUCAGUACGGUCGGUGUUAGAGAGCCUAGAUGUGCUAUUACUCAGUGGCUCUUCAAUAGUGUCAUCACUUUGCCUUGCUACCAGAAACUCUACCAAGGCUGAUGCUAGUGGUGGAGCAUCGCUCGUCAAAUCUGUUGCUAACAUCUUAGGAAUGAAAAAUAUUUCAAAGGCUCCCCUAGAUGUGACACUUGGAGACCUGGGCCUGGACUCUCUCAUGAGUGUGGAAGUGAAACAAACUUUGGAGAGGGAGGCUGACCUAGUACUCACUCCUGCUCAAGUUAGGGACCUCACACUCCGCAUGCUUCAAGACAUGGAUAAGCAAGAUGGUACCCACAGACAGACUUCAGAUGAAGGACCUGAAGCCACAUCAUCCGAAGGCACAGUAAAGCCAAAGUCUGAGAUGGUGCAGGUGCUACCCCAGCCAUGGCUUACCCUGCCCUUGGUGCCAGAGGGUCGUGUUACAAUGCUGCGAGAGACUAGCAAUUCCAAUGUUCCACUGUUCCUAGCAGCUCCUAUACAGGGCACAGCAGUUCCCCUCACCGAGAUAGCACAAGGCCUCGACCGACCUGUCUAUGGCCUGCAGUACCCACCUGACGUUUCCCACAAAUCAAUUACAGAGAUGGCAGAGGUGUUGGUUCAGAAAUUGCAAGAGUUGCACCCAUCAGGAGAUUAUGCCAUUGGAGGGUACUCGUUUGGUACUGCAGUAGCCCUUGAAAUGGCCCGUCUUCUGGAAGCAAAGAAUCGCACCCCAAUUUCAAUUGUUUUGUUGGAUGGCUCUCAAUCUUAUGUGUCUGGCAUCAUUGAAGGCUACAAAUCUAGGCACGUUUCAAGCUUGCCUGUACACGAGUCGAGCAGAGUAAACAACGAGGCCCAGGACCAGGUAGAGAUGUUAAUAGUUUUUGCCAUGCAGUUCACAUCCGUUGAUCCCGCCACACUGAAAAAGUCACUGCUAGGUUUAAACUCGUGGGAGGAACGAGUGAACCUGGUGGCGGAGCUGAUAAACCAGAAGAGAAUGGAGGCAGGUGUCGAUUCUCAGCAUGAUGACCACCAGCAGGCAGUGAAGGCAGCAGAGCUUUUGUAUCAGAGGCUACUGGCUGGGAGUAGACACAAGGCAGAAGGUUGCCUCACACCACCUACACUCCUGGUGCGAGCCAGAGACAACCCCCAAGCUGCUGCUCUUGGACAUGACUAUGGACUCGGCAAGAUCAUAGGAGGAACUCUUAAAAUUGAAGAAGUUGCAGGGACUCACGAGACUUUUGUUUUGGGAAGCAGUGGCCGGCAGGUGGCCAACCUUGUGCAUGCGUUCCUGCAGGAAGCGGCUCUCUCUGCCAAACUCCGUUAGUGUUCUUGAACAAAAAAAAGAAUGUGGUUAUAUUCUGGUGAAAAGAAAAAUUACCAGGAGUGAUCUGUGAUAUAACUUUAGGGGAGUUAUGGGGGUAAAAGAGAAAACUAAAGGGCUUGGGCAAGAUAUUAAAUUUACUACGUCAUUAGGAUUUACUAUGUCAUUGUGACUUUUGGACCGAGUAGGUCUUCAAUAUAUCUUUGCACUGACCAAAAGAAAAAAAACAAAAGUUUAGUACCAGGAUAUUCUUGAUGAAAGUGAAGACAAAAUAUAGCUUUAAUAGCUUCAUAACUGUUCUUUUGGUUUUGUUUGUACAUGUGCUUAUUUAUGCAUAGAUAAGUCUCAUUUUUGUCUUUGACCAAGAGAUUACAAGAAAAGUUUCUUGUUUGAUAUACCUCAAAACUUAUGCUGUGAAGUGCAUUGACUUGUUAUCCUUGUACACUUAGGGUAUACUUUUGAUGAUCCUAGGUUCCAAGUAUAGGAACACAAGGAAGAUAUGAAGCAUAUUCUUCAGAGUAAAGGGAUUGAGUAUACUUAGAAGUGUUUACAUAAAAUACAGGGUUAAGUAUGCAUAGAACAGUAUUUUAGUUUUAAGUUGUAAUUUAUUUAUAGGUCUAUGUAAUGGCACAGGCACCUUAUUCCUGUGUUCAAAUACAUAAUGCUGUUAUAUAGUAUUAUUAGUUUUAUUAGAUUUUAAGUAAAAUGCAUAGGUACACACUUCAGUGCAUCGAUAUCUAAUGUGAUAGUCUGAUUACUCGCUUAUUUCUGUGGGAUGUGUUAAUUGAAAAGGACUGUUUAAGGUGUGUUCUUGUAUGUUCAUCUCUUGACAAGUGUUGCAGUGCCAUCAGUGCUCUUUGGUAAAAAAAUUUAGAUAUAUUAGGGUGCUUGUAUAUUUUUCUGCACAUGUUUCCUUAAAUAUGUAAACAUAUGGGAAGAUGUAGCAUCAUGAUAUGGCUGGUAACAUUAAGCCAAAUUCACUACAGUAUAAGUAAUCGGUACAUAUCAUUAUACUAGCCUGCUCAUUCCUGCCUAUUGACACAAAUGUAUCCUUAUUUUGACUACCUAUAUUUUAAUUUAAGUAUUUUUGUAUGAGAUGAUUUUAAUGUAUUUGAUGUAUGUGUGAAUUAAGUUUUACCUAAGCAAGUAUAUUUAUUCCACUUGCAAUAACUUAAAUUGUUUUAUAGUUGUAUCAUUUUUUAGGCCCAUGUUCCCAUAUAUAUAUAACUUUGUAUUUACAUUGUGUUCACAUUAAAAAUUCAAAGUGUU